GCAUUUUAAUAUUGUAUCCAAUUUUAUUUCAAAUAACAUGUAAUCUAACUUCAAUAUAUUGCGGAGUGUUGUUACAGAAUAACAAAUUCAAGACAGACCCCCCUAGACUUUGAAUAAAGAAGCUUUGGAAAAUCCUCCAAUGGCUGUGUAGGAACUGUUGCCUGGAGACAGCACUUGCGCGUACAACUUGGAACAACUCAGCAACACACAGUGACGUCAAGAGGAAAUCUUCGUUUCAUAUCAGUAAAGCUUAACACCUUCACAACACAAAUCUGAAGAACUUAUUCAUGAGAAGCGCAUCACCAUGAGGUUGAAAACAACCCUUCUGAAGGAGCCCAAACACAGGGAGUUGGUGAGCUGUGUGGGGUGGACCACGGCAGAUGAGCUCUACUCGUGCAGUGAAGACCAUCAGAUCCUGAGGUGGAAUUUGCUGAACAAUGAGACCAACGUGGUGGUCAACACACAGGAGGACAUCUAUCCCAUUGACCUGCACUGGUUUCCCAAGAGCAGUGGUGGGAAGAAGCAAACCCUGGCUGAGAUAUUUGUUCUUACCAGCACAGAUGGCAAGUUCCAUUUGGUGUCGAAAACGGGCCGCAUUGAGAAGAGUGUGGAGGCCCACCGAGGGGCCGUGUUGGCGGGCCGCUGGAACUACGAUGGGACAGCCCUCAUCACAGCUGGCGAGGAUGGUCAGAUUAAGAUCUGGUCCAAGAGCGGCAUGCUGAGAUCAACACUCGCCCAACAAGGAUCUCCUGUGUAUUCGGUGGCGUGGGGCCCUGACUCUGACAGGAUCCUGUACACGUCAGGCAAGCAGCUCAUCAUCAAGCCUCUGCAGCCCAGCUCCAAAGUGCUGCAGUGGAAGGCCCAUGAUGGGAUCAUCCUGAAAGUGGACUGGAACUCUGUCAAUGACCUGAUACUGUCUGGAGCAGAGGACUGUCGAUAUAAGGUGUGGGACAGCUAUGGCCGUCUGCUGAACGUGUCAGCACCCCAUGACUACCCCAUCACCUCCUUGGCGUGGGCUCCUGAUGGAGAGCUGUUUGCUGUGGGCUCCUUCAACACGCUUAGACUCUGUGACAAGACUGGGUGGUCGUAUGCGUUGGAGAAGCCCAACACAGGUAGUGUGUUUGCCGUGGCGUGGUCAGCUGACGGGACGCAGCUGGCUGGGGCGUGUGGAAACGGCCACGUCAUCUUCGCCCAUGUGGUGGAGCAGCGCUGGGAGUGGAAGAGCUUCCAGGUCACGCUCACCAAGAGACGCACCAUGCAGGUGAGGAACGUCCUGAAUGAUGCGGUUGAUGUGCUGGAGUUCAGAGACCGUGUGGUGAAGGCGUCUCUGGGUCAUGGCCACCUGGUGGUCACCACCUCGCUGCAGUGCUACGUCUACAGCACUAAAAACUGGAACACGCCGCUGAUCUUCGACCUGAAAGAGGGAACUGUAAGUCUAAUCGUACAGACAGAGAGACAUUUCUUGCUGGUGGAUGGAGGAGGGGUGUACGUAUACUCGUAUGAGGGUCGUCUGGUCUCCUCUCCCAAGUUCCCAGGAAUGCGAACGGACAUUCUGAACGCCCAGUCUGUCUCCAUCAGCAACGACACGAUCGCCAUCCGAGACAAAGCAGAUGAGAAGUUGAUCUACUUGUUUGAUGCUCAGACAGGGAAACCCCUGGGAGAUGGCAAGACUUUAACCCACAAGAUCGAGGUGAUGGAGAUCGCCCUGGACCAGUGUGGCCCAGCCAACGAUCGGAGGAUCGCACUGAUCGACAAGAACCGCGACCUUUACCUGAGCUCUGUCCGUCGCCUCGCUCGCGAACACACCAUCGUCAAGAUAGGUACCAUGGUGAAGACGAUCGCGUGGAACGACUCGGUGAACAUCCUGAGCGGAGUGCAGGACAGCCAGUUCACCAUAUGGUACUACCCCGGCGCUGUGUUUGUGGACAAAGACCUGCUGCCAAAGACGCUUCUUCUGAAGGACGCCAGCGAGCUGAGCAGCAUGCCGCACAUCCUGAGCUACGUGGGCACACAGGUGACUGUGCGGCGGGUGGACGGCUCUCUGGUGUACAACGCCGUGUCGCCGUACCCCGCCAUCCUCCAUGAGUACGCCAGCACGGCCCGCUGGGAGGACGCCCUGCGCCUAUGCCGCUUCGCCAAGGACCAGACCCUCUGGGCAUGUCUCGCCGGCAUGGCUGUGACCAGCAGAGAGCUCACGACCGCGGAGGUGGCCUACGCAGCUAUCGGAGAGAUUGAUAAGGUCCAGUACAUCAACUUCAUGAAGGAGCUGCCCUCCAAGGAGUCCUCGUCGGCCCACAUGCUGCUCUUCUGUGGCCACCUGCAGGAGGCCGAGGCCACUCUGCUGCAGGCCGGCCUUGUCUACCAGGCCAUCCAGGCCCACAUCAACCUCUACAACUGGGACCGGGCCCUGGAACUAGCAGUGAAGCACAAAACUCAUGUGGAUACUGUUCUUGCGCACCGACAAAAGUUCCUGGAAGACUUUGGCAAGGAGGAAACAAACAAACGUUUCUUGCAAUACUCAGAAGGGGUGGAGGUGGACUGGGAGAAGAUCCAGGCGAAGAUUGAGAUGGAGCUUGCCAAAGAGCGCGAGAGGGCGGCCACGACCUCCGUCAGAAGCAGUGUAGCCUCCCGCCACUGAGCUUGCUCUCUUUCUGCUCUCUUAGGGGACAAGAAAGAGGCACUACCCACAACCCUUAUCGCUUCUGCCGGGGCGCGUUCCUAUGCUCUUGGAAUGAACUUUAGGGUAUUGGAUAACACCUCAACGGCUAUUGGUAUCUCUCUAUCGCUCUUGUGAUUCCAUCUAAAACGGUAAACCCAAAGCAGGAAACUCAGGAAUCAGUUUCGGAAGUAGCGACUACAGGAGGACUGUGGGGAAGAGUUUUCAUUCAGUCAUAGUGAAGAACAUUUCAUUCAUGCAGCCAGAUUGUCAUUUGAAUGCCAAGAUUGGUUUUAGCUUGAUUGGUUUCAGCUCCACACACCAUAGAUAUCUCCACAGACCAGCCCACCAUAGAUAUCCAUACAGACCAGCCCACCAUAGAUAUUCACACAGACCAGCCCACCAUAGAUAUCCAUACAGACCAGCCCACCAUAGAUAUUCACACAGACCAGCCCACCAUAGAUAUCCAUACAGACCAGCCCACCA